AUGAAUAAACAUAUAGAUUUAAUAGAUGAAGAUUCAAUGAAAUAAUUAGUGACAACAUUCGAAAUUGAUAUAGACUAAAAAUUGUGCAAUGAUUAAAAAUAAUUAAAUAUUGGUAAUACUAUGAUAUACUUUCCUUAUAAACCUUAUGAUGUAUAAAAAUAGUAUAUGGAAAGUGUUAUCUAAAUUUUAGAUAAGGGAUAGAAUGGAUUGUAUUUUUAUAUUGAUUAUAAAAAAUUAGAUUAGAAUCUCCGACAGGAACAGGCAAGACUUUAUGUUUAUUAUGUUCAUCUAUGGGUUGGUUAUAAAAGCAUAGAAAAGAAUAAUAGAAAUCUUAUUUGAAUAGAAAUUUAAAAAUUAUUUAUGCUUCAAGAACUCAUGCACAAUUAAAAUAAGUUGCUUAAGAAUUAAAGAAAACUGUAUAUAGACCAAAAUUAUCUAUGAUAGGUUCAAGAGAUUAAUAUUGUUUAUUGAACAUUAAUAUAAAAGGAAAUUAAUUAAUAUAAACAUGUAGAAAUUUAGUUAAAAGAGAAAAAUGUUAAUUUUAUAGCAUAGAUUAUUGUAAAAUAAUUGCUUCUCAAAAUAGUAAAUUGAUCACUACUUUAGAAGAAUCUAAAUAAUUUGGAUAUACAAAUAAAAUAUGUCCUUAUUACUUUGAAAAAGAAAGAUUAACAAAUGUUGAUUUAAUAUUACUACCUUAUAACUAUUUAUUAGAUGAUGAAUUUUCAAAGGUAGUUGAUGUAAAUAAUUCAAUUAUUAUUUUUGAUGAAGCUCAUAAUGUUCCAUCAACUGCUGAAAAUGGAUAAUCAUUUUUUAUUAAUGACAAAAUAGUAGAAGAAGCAAAAAAAGAAUUAGAAGGUUGGUUGAAGUAAUUAAAUACAGAGAUUGUACUUUAUUAAAGUUUUUAAUCAUCAUAAAAAAUAACAAACAUAAAUGAAUAUGAAUAAAUUGCUUAAACGAUUGGAGUUUUUUCAAAAUUUUUGGAAAAUUUAUAAACAACUUAUUUUGAUGCUAAAUCAUCUAAAGAAUAAUGCAAAGUGUUUGAAACUUAAUAGAUCUUUAAUUUCCUUUUUGAGCAUACUUCUAUAAAUAAAAAAGGCACAACUACAUUAUUUUCAAAUGGGAUCAAUAAAAAUAAUUUAUCAGAAUAUAUAUCAUUUUGUAAUGCAAUAAUUGAUUUUAUGACCUAAGUAUCUCCACUUGAGGGUUUCAAUUUUUAAUCUUGGAUUAAAUUUUUAAAUAAGCUUUAUAAUUUGAUGCUUAAUAAUAAUGAAUUAAAUAAAAUUAAUGAAUAAUAGAAAUAUUUUGAUUUCUAUAAGUUUGCAAUUAUCAAGAAUACAUAAAAUUAAAUAUCUUUGAAUAUUUGGUGCUUAGAUCCUUCUUUAGCAUUUAAGAAGUUAAUGUAAAAUAAAAUUCAUUCAAUAAUUUUAACAUCUGGUACAUUAUCUCCAAUGAAAUCAUGGUAAAAUGAAUUAAAAAUAGAAUUUUAGAUAAAAUUAAAUAAUAAGCAUGUAGUAGAUAUCAUAAAUAAUGUAAGAGCAUUUUAACAUUUAUAAUAUGAAUUUUCUUAUAAUAAAAGAAAAGAUGAUAAUUAAAUCAAAGAUUUAGGAUAAAGCAUAUUAAAUGUUUCAUAAAUUAUUAAGGGUGGUAUUAUAGUAGUAUUCUCUUCUUAUAGUCUUAUGUAGGUUAUAUAGAAAAGAUGGUGGGAAUAAUAACUGAUUUAACAAUUAAGUAAAGUUAAAAAGUGUUUCUGGGAAGAAUAAGGAAGUGCAUCAAUUCAUAAUACAUUAGAAGUUUUUAAGAAAAAUGUUUAGAGAGGAGCAAUAUUAUUUGCAGUUCAUAGAGGAAAGGUUGCAGAAGGAAUUGACCUUCCUGAUGAUUUAUGUAGAGCUGUAUUUUUAAUUGGAAUUCCUUAUCCAUCUUGUAAUGAUUAAAAAAUUAAGUUAAAACAAGAUUAUUUAAAUAAUUUACGUUAAGGUUUGUCUGGUAGAGAUUGGUAUAAUUAAUAAGCUAUUAGAGCAACUAAUUAAGCUAUUGGUAGAGUUAUAAGACAUAUUGAUGAUUAUGGGUAUUCAUAUUUAAUUAUUAUUAUUAGAGCUAUAUUUUUAUUUGAUAAAAGAUUUGAUGAGUCAAAUAUUAAGACUGCCAUUUCAUAAUGGGUUUAACCAGCUAUUAAACCAUGGAAUAAUGAUAAUGCUAUUAUCUAAAACCUUAAAUUAUUCUUUUAAAGAUAAAAUCAAGUUAACAAUCUAUUCAUUUAAAAUCUAUAAAUCUCUUAACAAUAAGAAAGAAGAAAUUAUUAAUAAACUUUUUAAUAAAUUCAAUAAUAAUCAAUUCCAAAACAAAUUACAUAAUCUAUUGCGAUUUAACCAUCUCAUAUAGAUUAAGUUAAAAUUUAACAAAAACCUAAAAUUAAAUAAAAAAAUAAACUUUAUUAAAAUAUUAAGAUUAUUAUACAAAAUAAGGGCCUUUAUUAGAUUAAUUUUAAGCUUAAGAAUCUGAGGAUUUAUCUGAUUAAUAAAUAAAUUAAUUCUCUGAUUAAGAGUAAGUGA